UUUUUCUCAACGCCAUUAGACAAACAAAAUGAAGGUGAAGUUGCUGUUACUAUGACCAGCAUCACUGGUUAAUGAUUAAUUUAAAAAUCAUACAAAAUUUAUUGGGUGUCACUGUCAAAAUUUCUAGGCUCUUUAGAUGGAUGUGGCGGCACUGUAGAUUCGCCACCUCGAAAACUCCAACCCGUCCAUGUCAAAGUUACUGUUGUGUGAUGAAUUGUGCACAAGAAUUUGUCAAAUAAUAAUACUAUAAUUGGAAGAGUUUGUCAUACAUAAAAGAUUUGUGAACAAGAUAAGUAAAAAUCUAUUUGGUCAUUUAUAUCUAGAAAGCUUUGAGUUACAAGCAUAGUAGUGUGCCCCAACUCAAAUUGACAUACUAGAUUGUGAGCUGGGUGACAAAGUUUUGUAUUUAGAUGGAGAAUGUGAUGUUCUCUUUGGAGGGAUUCAAUUUUAGUGAAGUUCAAGAUAAGCUUAGCUCUACAGAUAAUGGUUUUGAGAGUAUGAGGGGAGGGAACAUAGGGAAACAAUUUAAUUCUUAUGGAACAGAAGAUUGGGGAGGAUCUGGUGCCAUUGAUUCCCUUUAUUCCGGUUAUGGAUUUUAUCAAGAUGUAUCAUCAUCAGAAGAAAUCAUUUUCUCUAAGUAUCCGCGACUAGAGCCACAACCAGAACCGCACCAACAGUCAUAUUCAGAUUUUGGUCUUUUUGAUCAUCUAAGGUUUGAUAUUGCUUCUCCACCCAUUCAAACCUGCCUGGAGGAGAUAUCAAAGCUUGGUGAAAUGCCAACUGAAAUUCAAGAUGUGGUUCAGCCAAAGAAGGAUAAGCAAUUCCCAUUUUCUUUAGCAUCUCUUGAGCUGCUGAAGAACUAUGGAAGUGGUAUCAAAAGAUUGAAUGGGGAUAGAAGGAUUGAGCCAAGCACUGAAACACCACUCACAAAGAUGUCAAGCCGAAAAUUGUCAGCUGAAGAAAUCAUGAGGAUUGCUGGAGAAAGGUUCAUCCGUUCCUCUUCUCAAGCAGUUGAAGAUGUUGUCUCCAUGCUUGGAAAUCCCUUCAAUCUUUCAUUUUCUGGUCUUUCUGAUGAGGAGAUCAGAGAUGUGGAGCUUGCUGAAUUCCUUUUGGCUUCUGCUGAGAAAGUAGGUGAUCAGCAGUAUGAACGUGCCACCAGAUUUCUCAAUCAGUGUGAUUAUUUGUCUUCAAAUAAAGGAAAUCCCGUUCAACGAGUAGUUUACUAUUUUUCUGAAGCUCUUCGAGAGAAGAUUGAUCGUGAAACAGGAAGGAUUUGUAUAAGGGAAUUGGGGAAAAAACAGCCAUUUGAUGUUGAUUUGGCAAUGAUGAGUUCAAAUCCCACUACCCUAGCAUGUCAUGAAGCAAUUCCCUUCUCCCAGGUUUUACAAUUCACGGGGAUUCAAGCUAUUGUAGAAAAUGUGGCUGAGGCAAAGAGGAUUCACGUAAUCGAUCUUGGAAUCAGGAAUGGAGUGCAAUGGACAGUGUUGAUGCAAUCUCUUGCUUCUCGAUGUGGAUGCCCCAUUGAGCUUCUCAAGAUUACUGCUGUUGGAACUGCUGCGAAACAUUUACUUGAGGAGACAGGUAAGAAUUUAGAGAGUUUUGCCCAGAGCAUGAACUUACCCUUUUCCUAUAAUACAGUUAUGGUCUCAGACAUGCUAGAUCUUAAAGAGGAUCUCUUUGAGAUAAAUCCAGAGGAAAAAGUUGUUGUCUACGCUUUGUUUACAUUAAGAAGCAUGAUUUCAGUCCCAAAUCGCCUCGAAAAUAUAAUGAGAGUGGUCAGAAAUAUCAAUCCUUGUAUGAUGGUGGUCACUGAAGUUGAUGCAAAUCACAACUCACCAGUUUUUGUGAAUCGUUUCAUUGAAGCUCUUUUCUAUUUUAGUGCAUAUUUUGAUUGCCUUGAUGCUUGCAUGAAGCGAGAUGACCCACAUAGGAUGGUUACAGAAUCAAUGUUUUUUGGAGAUGGAAUCAGGGACAUUGUGGCUGCUGAGGGAAAAGAAAGGAAGACUCGAAAUGUGAAGCUUGAUGUUUGGAGGGCAUUCUUCACACGUUAUGGCAUGGAGGAGAUUGAACUGAGCAUGGUAUCCUUGUAUCAAGCAAACCUUGUGGUAAAGAAAUUUCCUUGUGAGAGUUCUUGUACAUUAGAGUUGAAUGGAAAAAGCCUACUUGUCGGUUGGAAGGGUACACCAAUUCAUUCACUCUCUGUUUGGAAGUUCAUUUGAUGAAAACAACUAGGGCAGUCACAGCUUAUCCUUUGCUCAAUAGCCCUCAAAUCUUUGGUUUGUAUGAUCCCUUUUGAUUAUUGAUUUCCUGGCAAACCAUUGUUUUAAAAAGAGGAUGGUUCAUGUCAUCACUGCCCUUGUUCUUUUACUCAACUGCAGAAUAGUAAAGGUUUAUGUCAUGAUGAUCACAAUUUCCUGUGAUGAUAAUGCUAUUUUCCGAUUCUAGUCUAUCUUUUCCACUUUUUUUUAGAGACCUUUCUAAAGUAAAAAAGAGUUGCAUGUGUAUCUUUUCCACUUUUUUUUAGAGACCUUUCUAAAGUAAAAAAGAGUUGCAUGUCUUUACAAUUUAUGUAAUGUUUGUUUGGAUUUUUUCGUGUUCAUUGUCUGCAACAUGGAUGAAAUGCUACUCCAUAGUUGUGUUUGUUUCAUCAUAUUUAAAAGAACUCUACAUCUUAAAUUACUCAAUCUUUCUACAUUCAAUGUCUGAACAAGAUAAUUAGCUUCUAGAUUGAUAGAAUCCCAUCUAACAACUCAAAUAAUUGGGCUGGGCAGUGGAUUUUUUGUGGGCUUAGGUAGAACUCUCCUUGGAAAACCGGUUUGCCCAGGGAGAGUGCCCAAGCCCUUUAUAAUCCACAUGCCCACUAUUUUCCCUUCCAAUGUGGGAUCCUAACAUUCUUUCAUGUUCGAGACUCAACGUCCAUGUUGGCCCACUCUGGACAGCUUCACUCUGGGUGGACUACUCUCCUAGGUCGCCCAUUCCUAGGUAGCCUUGGGUAGAACUCUUCUUGGAAAACCAGCUUGCCAAGGGAGGGUGCCCAAACCCUUUAUAACCCAUAGCCCACCAUUUUCCUUUACAAUGUAGGAUCCUAACAUUCCUCCACGCUUCGAGACCUAACGUCUACGCUGGCCCACUCUGGACGGCUUCACUCUGAGUGGCCUACUCUCCCAAGUCGCCCUUUCCCAAGUAGUCAUUUCCAAAACAUCGUUGGUAGACGGCUUUACUCUGAGUGACCUAAUCUCAGAGGUCGCCCCUAUCAGAACAUGGGCUCAGGCUGGGUUUGGCUUUGAUAUCAUUUGAUAGAAACCCAUUUAGCAACUCAAACAAUUGGGCUCGGCAGUGGGCCUUUUAUGGGCUUGAGUAGAACUCUCCUUAAAAAAUCAGCUUGCCAAAGGAGGGUGCCCAAACCCUUUAUAACCCAUAUGCCCACCCUUUUCCCUUCCCAGGUGGGAUCCUAACAUAUAUCUAGAAGAAAUAAAUGAUUAGCUUAUUGAAGGUGAAGUUUUUACUCAUUUUCCU